AUGAUUGGAGCAGAACUCAUUGCGGAAACGCUCCGGCAAUUAGGAGUGGAGCAUGUCUUUGGUAUUGUUGGUAUUCCAGUGGUUGAGAUCGCUGAUGCCUGCAUUGAGAAAGGCAUUCGGUUCAUUCCCUUUAGAAACGAACAGCAAGCCUCUUUAGCAGCUUCAAUAUACGGCUAUUUAACCAACAAGCCGGGGGUCUUACUAACUGUUGGAGGGCCAGGGAUCGUCAAUGCCCUGGCCGGCGUCUACAACGCCAACUCCAACAAAUGGCCCCUCAUGGUCAUGGCCGGGUCAACUAAAAUAUGCCUACAAGGAAAAGGCGGAUUUCAAGAACUGGAUCAGGUCAGUCUAAUGAAGCCAUGGGCAAAAAGUAGCUUUCGUGCAGUUUUAAGCAGCCAAAUACCACAGUUCCUCGAGAGGGCAUAUUGGACUUCUAUAGCAGAUGUUCCCGGGACGACCUAUAUCGACUUGCCAGACGACCUUAUCAAACAAGAAUGCUACGAAGAUAUUCGAGUGAUGAAGUUCGAUUUUUCAUUACUCUCGACUAUAACUCCAGAACUAACAAGAAUAAAAAGGACCAGUGAACUCCUGAAAGAUGCCAGGUUUCCGCUGCUGAUAAUUGGGAAGGGAGCAGCAAAUGCAUCAGAGACACUCAGACAGUUUGUGGGAACUCACCAAAUCGCAUUCCUUCCCACGCCAAUGGGAAAAGGAAUAAUUCCGGAUGCUUCCGAUCGUAAUGUUUCUUCUGCAAGGUCACUGGUUUUAAAGCAUGCAGACGUGGUGCUAGUAGCAGGGGCCAGAUUGAACUGGAUUCUCCAUUUUGGAGAACCUCCUAAAUUCAACAAAGAUGUCAAAAUCGUUCAAAUUGACACUGACGCCGGCGAGCUUGCGCGGAACGUGAGCACUUUAGAGCUGGGAAUCCUGGGAGACGUGGGACGCACAAUGAGCUCCGUCAGCGACCAAUUGAAUGGACACCAGUUUCCAGCGCUUCCAAAAAUAGUCGUUGAGCUGAUUGAGAAAAGAGAGCAAGCAUUGCGACAACAGGAAGAAAUUGUAAAUGAUGAUCUUAUGCCUAGUCACACUCAAGCACUAGCCGCCAUUAGAAAACACAUACCGGCUGAUGCGAACAUCGUGGCCGAGGGCGCUCGUACAAUGGAUCUGUCCCGACAGAGUUUGUAUCUAUGCGAGCCUCGCCAAAGAUUGGAUGCAGGGACCAAUGGCACGAUGGGCAUUGGUUUGGCAUAUGCAGUGACAGCGAAACUGACUGAGGAAAAUAAGCCGUUGAUUGUCAUACAAGGAGAUUCCGCCUUUGGAUUCUCGGCUAUGGAGAUCGAGACGCUGGUCCGAGAACGACUUCCCUGUCUGAUAAUAGUGCUCAAUAAUUCUGGAAUAUACAAUGGAGUUGAAAACCCACGUGAGUAUAUUCCAUACACCAAAAAACCACUCCCUUCGACGGCGUUGACUUUUGGAGUUCGGUACGAAAGGAUCAGCUGCUCGUUGGGUGGGACCGGCUAUUUUGUGCAGAAAUGCAAGGAGCUGGAUGACGUAUUGAAAAAAGGGAUGGAAGACAUGUUGAGCGGAAAAAUUGUUUUAAUCAACGUGUUGGUGAAACCACACGCAAAAUUAUAG